AUGCCACGUGUCUUUACGACUGUGGGACCCACACAAAAUAGAUCUUUCUCCUCCCAGAGUCCUAGCAAGAGCCAAUCAUAUGCUUACACCUCUUACUCGCCGACGAACGUUUUAAUGGUUGUUUCAGACUCUGUACUUCAGCAUUUAUUCUCCAUUCAUGAAAAAUCAAGUCCUUUCAGCGUUGUUUAUAGAUCCCGAGUUCUGAUCUGACAAAUGUCUUUUUUGCACCGGAAGAAGGGAACUACCUCCUCAAAAACACCGAGCAAAGAUUCACACACUGAAGACGAAGAUGAGAAGAAAGGGAAGAGUAAAGGAAAGCAAACAGAAGACUACAUCGCCGCCAUUAACAAGAAAUGCUCAUGUCUCGAUGGUUGUUUUUGGUUCGUGGGAUUCGUAUGCUGUAUAUGGUGGUUCUUGUUGUGCUUGUUCACUGCAAUGCCAGCUUUGAUCCCUCAAUUUGUGACGGAGGCUAUAACGGGACGGCUUCCAGACCCGCCUAGCGUGAAAUUGAGCAUGGAGGGCCUGACGGCGAAGCACCCGAUAGUGUUCAUGCCGAGAAUUGUAACUGGUGGGCUUGAGCUCUGGGAGGGGUGUCAGCGUGCUGAUGGAUUGUUUAGAAACAAGCUCUGGGGUGUCUCAUUUGGGGAACUGUGCAAAAGGUAAAAGACCGUUUUGGAAAUGUUGAGGUAUGCUCUGUGUUUGCUCUGCUUUUAGUUCUUGGUUUUAGUUUCUCUUGUGGAAUGUUCCAUGUCUUUUUGAAGAAGGCGCCAUGUUAGGAAGGUGGUCCUCGAGUUCUUUCGGCAAUGUGAAUGCUCUUUUAUGAUGGUUUACUAAAAUAUGAGGUUGCUA